GUUUUGAACAAUACUAUUUUAAGUUUCAUUUGUUUGUUUGUUUCAGGAUGAGAAGUUGAAGAAGCUGGUAGAACAUCAUGGGUCCUCGGACUGGAAACUCAUUGCCAGCUUCCUACCUAACCGUACAGAUAUGCAGUGUCAGCACCGCUGGCAGAAGGUUCUCAACCCUGAACUCAUCAAAGGACCCUGGACCAAGGAGGAGGACCAGAGAGUGAUUGAACUAGUCCAGAAGUAUGGAGCCAAGCGUUGGUCAGUAAUCGCCAAGCACCUGAAGGGUCGAAUAGGGAAGCAGUGCAGAGAGCGCUGGCACAACCACCUGAACCCUGAGGUGAAGAAGACUUCCUGGACCGAGGAAGAGGAUCAGAUCAUCUACCAGGCCCACGGGAAACUGGGCAACCGCUGGGCCGAGAUCGCCAAACUGCUGCCUGGCAGGACUGAUAAUGCCAUUAAGAACCAUUGGAACUCUACGAUGCGUAGGAAGGUGGAGCAGGAGGGUUACCUUCAGCACUCCUCCCACUCCAUCGCCCCCGGUUACGCCAAGGCCAACCACCACAACGUGGGCUUCCAUCACCACUCCCCUCUCCCUCCCCUCUCCCUCCUCACGGGCACCUACCCUUAUAUUCCGGACCAUAGGGUUCCCUUUCCCCUAGCGCUGCACGUCAACAUCUUGAACAUUCCACAGCACGGAACAGCUGCUAUACAGGUGAGACACGAGAGCAUCAACCCAGGGAAAGCUUUUAGUUGGCCCUCACAGCAACCCAGGGAUAGCUUUCAGUUGGCCCUCACAGCAACCCAAGGAAAACUUUUAGUUGGCCUUCACAGCAACCCAGGGAUAGCUUUCAGUUGGCCCUCACAGCAACCCAGGGAAACUUUUUUAGUUGUCCCUCAAUACACAACGACACAACCCAGGGAAAACCUUUAGUUGGUCACGCUGUCUCACUUCUCCACAGCAGCAACCCAGGGAUAGAUUUCAGUUGGCCACUCACCACAGCAACCAAGGGAAGGGUUUCAAUUCAAUCCAGGAUUCAAGGGAGAGGCAAUACGGACAUGCCUGGUGCCCAAAUUGAUGACGGAUGUCGCUCAGCUGAGAGUCGAGUGUGGAGAGGAAUGGAUUCGGUUCAGUCAGUCAUUCUGACGAGCCCUUCCCAGCUAUCUAGUUCAGUCAGUCAUCCUGACGAGCCCUUCCCAG